GCAAAGAAAGAGCUGGGAAGAAAAGUCUCGCUUUCCUCCCUCCUUCGGUCUUUCUGAGCCCGUGCCCUUCAACGAACAGGUAAAAAAGGACCGAUCCCCUCGUUCCUCGUAUCUCACGCUCCCAAUCGAGGUCUUCUCGAUAUUUUUAUAUUGCAACAGCAAACGCACAAGUCCCUUCUUGUACGCCCACAACGCACAACGUAGUAAGAGGGUUUGGAUAUGUGCAGUGGUUCAAACAAUAAACUUUCUUCCUUAAGCUUUGAGAUGGAAGGUGGAUUUCAGAAACAUAAUAGGUUUUUUUGUGAUUGCUCUGUUUUGCUGGAAUUGUCUGCCAUGGAUGAUCUUGAGGCGUUCAGGAGCGAAGUAGAAGAGAAGGGUUUUGAUGUCAACGAGGCAAGCUUUUGGUAUUGUAGAAGAAUUGGGUCGAAGAAGAUGGCGUUUGAAGAGAGGACAUCUCUUAUGAUAGCUGCCCUGUUUGGUAGCGUCAAGGUUUUGAAUUAUCUAAUUGAGACCGGCAAGGUUGAUGUCAAUAGAGUUUGUGGUUCAGAUAAAGUCAAUGCACUCCAUUGUGCUGUUGCUGGUGGUUCCAAUUCUUCACUCGGUAUUGUUAAGCUCUUGCUUGAUGCAUCUGCCGAUGCUGAUUGGAUUAAUGCUAAUGGUAGUAGGCCUGUCGAUUUGAUUGGCCAUGUGCUGAAAUCGGCCUCCAAUUCGAAUCGGAAGGCAAUGGAGUUGUUGCUUAAAGGUGAUAUUUCAGCUGGGGAAGGUGAACAAACUGCGAUCCAAGAGGAAGAGCAGCAGAAGAUAGCAAUGCCUCAGCUAUUGAAAGAAGCAACUGAGAAGAAAGAAUACCCUACUGAUGUAUCACUGCCCGACAUAAACAAUGGGAUAUAUGGGACUGAUGAGUUUAGGAUGUACACUUUCAAGGUGAAGCCUUGCUCAAGGGCAUACUCCCAUGACUGGACUGACUGUCCUUUUGUCCAUCCUGGGGAGAACGCAAGGAGAAGAGACCCACGGAAGUAUCCCUAUAGCUGUGUUCCCUGCCCAGAGUUUCGGAAAGGGACAUGCCAAAAGGGUGAUACCUGUGAGUAUGCACAUGGUGUUUUUGAGUCCUGGCUUCAUCCUGCCCAAUAUCGAACCCGGAUUUGCAAGGAUGAGACUGGGUGCAUGCGAAAAGUCUGCUUCUUUGCUCACAAGCCUGAGGAAUUGCGCCCCGUAUAUGCUUCCACAGGUUCAGCUAUGCCUUCGCCUAAAUCUCAUAUGACUGGUGCACUAGACAUGACAAUGAUGAGCCCGUUGGCUCUCAGUUCAUCAUCUAUGUCAACGACUACUACUUCAACACCAAUCAUGUCUCCCUUGGCAGUCACAUCAUCUCCUAAGAGUGGAAGCUUGUGGCAAAACAAACUUAACCUCACUCCACCAGCCUUGCAGCUCCCUGGUAGCCGGCUAAAGACUGCUUUGAGCGCUAGAGAUUUGGAUUUGGAGAUGGAAUUGCUUGGGCUAGAAAGUCAUACUAGCCAAAAACAGCAUCAACAGCAAUUGAUUGAUGAGAUAACUCGUCUCUCAUCCUCAUCUCCAUCUCCAUCCCCAUCUCCAUCCUGCUGGAACAAGGAAUUCAGUCAGAUUGGAGAUUUAAAAACUACUAACCUUGAUGAUAUUUUUGGAUCUCUUGAUUCUUCCAUGCUGUCCCAGUUGCAAGGACUUCCACUAAAACCCACAACACCAACCCAGUUACAAUCUGCAAAUGGUCUCCAGAUGCGCCAGCACAUGAACCAACUUCGCGCAAGCUAUCCAACCAACCUCUCGUCCUCCCCAGUGAGAAAAUCAUCAUCAUUUGGGUUUGACUCAUCUGCUGCAGUUGCGGCAGCAGUGAUGAAUUCCAGGUCUGCAGCCUUUGCAAAGCGAAGCCAGAGUUUUAUUGAUCGUGGAGCAGGGAUUCAACGACCUGGCCUUACUGCUGCUGGCAACUCUGCAUCUAUGAUGCCCUCUACUCAUUCAGAUUGGAGGUCACCGGAUGGGAAAUUGGAUUGGGGCAUUAACGGAGAUGAGCUGAACAAGCUCAAGAAGUCUGCUUCUUUUCGGUUCCGAGACAACAAUGUGGCAACAGCUACAACCUUGAUGCCAUCUGUAGUUAAUGAGCCAGAUGUCUCCUGGGUUAAUUCCUUGGUUAAGGAUGUUUCUCAUGAGAGUUCUGGGCUUUUUGCCACAAAGAAUCAGCAGUAUAAUUAUGGUAACGCGGGCAAUGAGAUUCUUCCUCCCUGGGUGGAGCAGCUGUACAUAGAGCAGGAGCAGAUGGUGGCAUAAGGAACAUGACUACCUAAUUUGCUCCUCGGUUAUGUUGACGAAGCUUGAUAUUCUUUAAAUUUAUAUUUUUCAAUUAGUAUCCAAUAAUUGUAUUAGAGGUAGAAGGGGGAGAAGACGUCAUAGAGAACAAAUUUCAGGUAAACCCAAGACCUGAAAGUUUGUGCAGGAAGAACGAGUUCCUGCUAGAUUAGUUGGAAGUUGGAGAAAUCUUUGAUGGGAAGCAAAUUCGGUGAUUUUUUUUUUUAACUAAUCUACAAUAUCUGUGUAUUUUUUCCCUUUCCGUUGGGGGUUUAAUUAUCGAUAUGGAAAUGAUACACGACUGAUCAAUGGCAAGGAAGUAGCCAUUAUUUC